AAUGUGAAAAUAAAACAAGUAAUAUAAGAAAUAUGUUAUAUUAUAUGUAUAUUUAUUCGAAAUGCAAUUCUUCAUUUAUAAGUCAAUUUAUAUCUCUUGAAUCAACUUAAUACUAGCAUCACGAACAGUUAUUACAAUGGCGUUCAGUUUAGCCGCUUUUUCAUAUAUUGUGGCCUUAAUUAUAGAUGCUUUUUUAAUAAUAUUUGCAAUAUUUCACCUAGUUAUUCCAGAAUAUGGACUACAUAUUUUAAUCAACAUUUUAUUUUUAAUUAGUGGUCAAUGGUUUUCAUUGCUUCUAAAUAUUCCAUUAAUAAUGUAUCAUUUAUGGCAAUAUUAUCAUAGACCUAUCAUGUCUAAGCCAGGUCUUUAUGAUCCCACUAAUAUAAUGAGUGCUCAAGCUCUUAAAAUUCAUCAAAGAGAAGGAUGGAGUAAACUUACAUUUUAUCUUUUAUCAUUUUUCUAUUACUUAUAUGGUAUGAUUAGUUCAUUGAUUCACUGAGGGAUAGGAAACAUUCUUUAUUAUUUAUCAUCAAACAUCAACAAAUACAUUUAUAAUAUAUCUUUAAUGCUUCACCAGGGUUAUUUUUUUGUUGAAGAGAUUUCUAACUUGUUAAACAUAUUAUAAUUUUUGUAAAAAUAAAAUUUCUUACUCAAAUAA